UUCUCCCGCCGGACCGACCUCACGCGACGAUAACCACGUUCUAAAAUCAUAAUUCAAAUUUAAAUUUAAAAAAGACUAUUACAAUCUUUUUCGUCUUCUCUCGUGCAGUUCGAUAUGUUUUUAUUUUUCUGAACUCCGCUAAACAGUUUUGCUGCCAGUGUUUUUACAGAAGCGACUGCCUGUCUGACCUUCCAAACCCGUGAAGGGAAAACCAGCCCAAUACAGUUUCAGGAGUUGGAGAGUGUAUGGGAGCUCAAGAUGAGAGCGUUAUUGUGUCUGCUGCUCGCCUCCGGAUGCGUGGUGGCUGAUGAAAGCGAAAAUAGGCGUUCCAAGCUGCCCUACAUCGCUGAUGCAGUGGGGAACACCCUACCUCCGCCCUCUAACGGACCAGCCACCGUCGGGAGCCCCGUCAACCUCCUUACGCCAGAUCGCUACGAAUUCUACACCUUCGACGAAUCUGGUGAACUUGUCAAACGACUGAUGACGUUAGAAGAAAUACAAGCCAUAGUCGCCGCAGGUGAAGAAACCGAAGGACUUGUAACAUUCGCUAAUGAAAACCAACCUACAAUAGCGUUUAACUUCAGCCAACCACCAUACACAAAAGUUCAUAGCGUAGUAACAAACGUACAGAAUGUUCUCAAAGCUCAAAUGGAAGCUCACAAAAACAAACCACAAACCCAACCCACCCUUGACACACCUGAUGUUUCAGACUCUUGGAGCUUGAUUUUACCUUCAAUAUUCGGCAACACUGGUGUUGACAUUGUUCCUGAUAAAUCUUCUGGUACAUUCACAACUCCUGAAACAGAAACUAUUGAAUUGGAUCAUCCAAUAGAGGAUAAUUCUCUCAGUAAAGAAGGCAGUAAUCAAAUUCUAAGUAGUCCUACUACGAGUGCUGAUGAAAAUAUAAAAGAACACCCAGUAACUGAAAAAUUGACUUCCGCUACUGAAGCACCUAAAAUUACUACAAGUUCUACAACAACAACACGUAAACCCACGACGACUAUAACAACGACUACAACUGCUAAACCUUUGUCUACAACUACAAAAUCUACAACUACAGCAAAACCCACUACAACAGCCAAACCGACUACUGCGGCUAAGCUGACCACUACUACAGUAAAACCUUCGAGCACUACUAAUAAACCCACUACAGUUAAACUACGUACUACUGUCACUACAACCACAAGUCGUCCAAGAACCACGUCGACUACUAGCAAACCUCGCCAAUCAACUACUACAACAAUUAAGCCAACAACUAAGAUUGUUAGAACAACCGCAGUACCAACAACAGCCAAACCAAUCUUAACUACAAAGAAAUAUUCCACUACACUUAAAGAUAAUGAAGUUAACUUCACAAGAAUUCAAAUUCAAACCGUAUCCAAUACUGCACCUUCGUCCGAAAAACCUACCGUUCAGUAUGAAAAAAUAAGCACUUUUAUUCCUAUUUCCACAGCGGCUUAUGUGACAGAAAGGCCAACGCAAAAAACAGUCCAAACCACUAAACGGCCCAGUUUAAGUACUACCAAGAAAUCCGUGCCGAGUACUACGAAAAUUCCUUCAACGACUACUGCUGUACCUCAGCCUCCAAUCACGACUUAUAAACCAUCUAUCAGUACUGCAGCGUACGUAUCUUCAACAACUAAUGAUGAUAGCGAAAAAUUCAAUGUCACUACAGUCACAACACAAUCAGUAUCUCCAUCAACAACAGUAUCAUCUGAAUUUGUGUCCAUUGGGCAAGUUUCUCCGUCGACUGAAAAAAAACCUACAGUGACUGAAACAAAUACAAACAACAUCAGACAAAAUGAACCAGAAAUACCACUAUUUGACGUAGCUCAAAGUAUAAGCCAGAUAGCUUCUGACCUUGGUGGAAAUUACAGACCAUUACCUACAUCCAGUGAUUUACUUGAUACUACUAAAGUAAAUGAUAUGAAUUUAGAAAGUAAAGAAAAUAUGGAGAUAGAUAUACCUGUAGAAGGUGAUAAGGUAACUGACAUUAAAAAUGUGGAAUCAGAAGAUAAGAUUGUUGAUAAUUUUGUUAAAAUAUCAACUUCGGAACCUCAAAGGCAAAAUGAAAAUAAAGUUGUUACAAAGAUCACCAAUCCAAAAGUGGAAACAAAAACAACGACUUUAGCGACUACUAUAAAAGCAGAAACUAAAACUACAACUACCAAACCAACUACAACUACUAUUGAUCCAGUCUUGUCAGAAUCAAUGGACGAUUUAUUAUCCCAAGUUGUUAAUCAGGCACCUCAAUCUAUUAUUAACUCUGGAAAGAAACCCAAUAAUCAUAAUAAAACUCUGAACAUGGAAACAACAACAAUCACUUUAAAAGAUGAUAAACCUGCUAAGUUAGAGACCACCUCUGUAUCUUCACUUACGACUAAUAAAGAAAAGUUCAAAGAUUCUAAUGAUAUUACAAGCAUUGACAUGACAACUCCAGAAAAAAAUGAAAAUAAACCGAUACAAGAAAAUAAAGUAGAUGAAAAAAUUAAAAUAAACAACAAUUUGGCUCAAAAAGUUAAAAUUGAUAAUAGUAAUGCUCUAAACAAGGUAGAAAAUAAACAAAAUUUGGUAAAAAUAUCUCAGUCAAAUACAAAAAUAGAAGACAAAGAAUUGAAUCCCCAAACAACUACUUCAAAGAUAGAGGAGGUGAACAAAAUUAAAGAAAACAUACAAGUGACUACCAAAGAGAUGACAGCGACCACAGAAAGUAUGACACCUGCAAAUGUAUAUAAGAAAGACCAACCAAAGCCUACAACUACAACUGAAAUUCCUUCUAAAGUAGAAACUUCCAAAACACCAAUAAGUUCUACGAAAAAACCUGAAAUUGUGUCUUCUAGCACAAAUAAAAUAUUGCCAACAGAAGACAACAGAUUAGCUCCCAAAAAAGACCACGAAAAGCUAUCAGAAUUGUCACCUACACCACCAUCUCUACCGAAAGUAGAAGAAUUUAAGAAGAAAAUACAAAAAGUUAAUAUUGACGAUAAAGAAUUGGCUAACGAACGCAAUAAUUCUUGGAAGCUUAUUUCGACCGUAGCGCCUCCAAAAGCAAACGAAAUACCUAAGGAUAAACACAAAGCUGACAGCCAAGAAAGUCUUGAUGAUAAAGAUAUCGUCUUAGAUUUCUCAAAGGAGAAUCAAGGAUUAGAAGUUACUACAAAAGAUAUAGGAGAAGAUAUAGCCCAAUUUACUGAACUGUGUAACGAACUGGCUUUUAGGUACUGGCAAACAAUGACUGAAAAUAUUGAAAAAAGAAGAAGUUUCGUUCUAUCACCUUACUCAGUAACUUCUAUGCUAGCCAUGAUGUUUAUGGGUGCUCGAGGAGCCACAUCUGGAGAAAUGAAUGAAAUUCUUAAACUAGAUGAUAUGGUAACAUUCAACCCCCACUUCACAUUGAAAAAUAUUUCGGAUUCUAUUGAAACAUCUUCGGGGUCGGGUGUAGCAGUCUCUGCAUUCGUAAGAGAACUGUUCAGUGACAAGAGCAAAGGAAAAGUUCUUACUUUCUACAAAGAAAGAGCUCAACAUUUCUAUAAUGGUCACGUUGAAGAAAUAAACUUUAAACUAAUUAGCGAUAUCAUAAGGCGGAGAACAAACUUACUAGUAAAGCGAUACACAUGGGGGAGGAUUGUAGAAUAUAUGAAAGCUAAUACUAUCACAAUGACUCCUCCUCUUGCGGCCUUCUCAGCUAACAUUUUUCAGACCGACUGCUCGGGUUCUUCAGUUGAAGGCAGAGAUGGAGAAAUGUACUUCGUCGUUUCUCCGAACGUCCGCCAAAGGCGCUUGGUACCCGUGCCGGCAGUGGUCUACAGAAAUGGAUUCCUGGCUGGAUACGAUCCAGUUCUCGACGCCACAGCUGCUGCAUUAGGAAGUACUAACUCUGUCAUCAGCACGUUAUUCCUUAUGCCCGGUCAACAAGGAAAUAUUGUUCACACUGAAGAUUUGGAAGCUCUAGAAAAGAGACUGCUUGAUGCCAAUCCAACUACACCUGCAUGGAACAGACUUUUGCGAACUUUGCUUCCACGUAUCGGAUUGGAACUUCAAAUUCCAAGAUUCUCCCAUAAGUCUAUCUUCAACGUUUCUAGAACUUUAAAGAAAAUGGGUCUGAAGGAAUUGUUUGACCCCGAUCACGCGGACUUGGGUGGCUUAAACGGACCUUCCAAAGAUCUUUACCUGUCUGACAUGAUUCAAUCAACGACUUUCGUUACUUGCGGGGAAGGUAUUAUAGGGGAACAGCAUCAUAUAGAGGAAUAUCCCGAGACUUUGUCUGGCCCGCAGAGACGUAGAACUUCUCGAUGGGCAAGUGGGUGGGACGAGCCGAGAGAUUACCAGCGAGCUUUCCACGAUCCACAUGACGUUGGAGAUGCUAUGCACUUGCCGCUACAUCUUCGACCGAGACAAGCGCGACUUCCUGCGAGAAAUGCUCAACCGGCCAGGUUAAAGUUUGAUCGGCCAUUCCUGUACUUUGUGAGACACAAUCCCUCCGGCAUGAUACUCUACGUUGGCCGAUACAACCCGCGGCUUCUGCCUUGAAGGCGUCAGAUAAGACUGUUAGUUUAGUUUAAUUAUAUUCCUAAAAGGAAAGUGAUAAGGAUAUACUGACGCGUGUGAUAUAUGAAUGUUGUUGAUCAAUGAGCAUUUACGUGACAGUAUUAUUUGUAAGUGUAUCGAAGUGCGGAUUGUUCGUCAAAGGGUCUGCGUAGCAUUAUCUUAAUUCAUAUCAAGUGUGAAUAGAUCAAAAUCGAUUUAUUAUAAUGAUGAUGAACGUUUGCAUAAUACGAGGGUAGUGUACUUUUGAA